GAUGAAAUUCCCGGGCUCCGUCCUCGUCUCCCUCGUCCUCUUCGUGGCCGAGACGGCGGCCGCGCUGUGCCUGAGCGGGGCGUACCGCGCGGCGGGGGACCGCAUGUGGCAGUGGCUGACGCUGCUCUUCGCCCUCCUGCCCUGCGCGCUGGUGCAGCUCAGCCUGGUCUUCAUCCACCGCGACGUGAGCCGCGACCGACCGCUGGUGCUGCUGCUGCACCUCCUGCAGCUGGGGCCCCUCGUCAGGUGUGUGGAAGUCUUUUACAUUUACUUCCAUGCUGGCAGAGUUGAAGAGCCCUAUGUCAGCAUCACGAAGAAGAGGCAGAUGCCCAAGGAUGGGUACUCGGAAGAAAUUGAGAAGGAAGUGGGCCAGGCUGAAGGCAAGCUGUGUACACACAGGUCUGCGUUCAGUAGGGCGUCUGUGAUCCAGGCGUUCCUCGGCUCGGCACCCCAGCUCACGCUCCAGCUUUACAUCUGUGUCCUGCAGCAGGAGAUCACGGCUGCCAGAAGUGUUUUUAUGGUCCUUUCUCUCCUGUCAAUUGUAUAUGGCGCCUUACGCUGUAACAUCCUGGCUAUUAAGAUUAAGUAUGAUGAUUAUGAUGUCAGCGUGAAACCAGCCGCCUACCUCUGCAUAUUCAUGUGGAGAAGCUUUGAGAUUGCUACGCGUGUUACAGUGUUGGUCCUUUUCAGUUCAGUCCUUCAAAUCUGGACUCUCCCCGUUGUGCUAGUGAAUUUCUUUGGUUUUUUCUUCUACCCAUGGAUUCUCUUCUGGCAAAGCAAGUCCCCAUUUCCCGAGAACAUAGAGAAGGCAUUGAGCAGGGUCGGCACUACCAUCGUCUUGUGCCUUCUCACCUUCCUGUAUGCUGGCAUUAACAUGUUCUGCUGGUCAGCAGUGCAAGUGAAGCUCAAUGAUCCUGACUUAAUUAACAAAUCCCAAAAUUGGUACCGACUGACUGUGUAUUACAUGCUGCGAUUCAUCGAGAAUGCAUUCCUCCUGCUGAUGUGGUACGUCUAUAAAACCGAUAUCUACCUGUAUGUCUGCGCCCCAUUGUUGGUCUUGCAGCUUCUGAUAGGUUACUGCAUGGCUGUCCUCUUCAUGUUGGUGUUCUACCAGUUCUGCCACCCGUGCAAAAAGCUUUUCUCAUCCAGCAUUUCCGAAGGUUUGCUGUCCUGUUUCAAGUUCCUCUGCUUUAUUUGCAAGCCUCCCAAAUCCACCAUACUGACAGACAAGGCAGAGGUGAAAUCUGAAAAUACUGAUGAAGCAUGGAGCAGUAGCAAGACAAUAGAUUCUCAAAAGGGGAAUCCUCAUCAAAGUGUUUCUUCCAAUGCCUAGUACAACUGGAAGCAAGUAGUGCCUUUGGAAGGUGGCAGAUCACCUGCUGGGAAUGUUGUGUAUCUUGGACAUUGUGUCUUGUGAAUGGGGUUUCUUUCUUGCAGGCGUAGCACUGCAUGACGACUGACAAGCCUACCUUUCUCGAAAACUUCGUGUAUGAGUAUGUGCAUCUGUGUGUGUUUGUGUAUGGAGAGCAAUCAUUGUUUGUAGACUUCUAUUUCAGAAUCUUUUGCACAUAGGUUUAUUAUCACAUGCUUAUUUUGAAAUCAUUAUAGGAGACAUCCUUCAAAAACUGGCCUGAUGCCCACCUUACUCAGGAAAUCUGAGGAUGGAAGGAAAUGCAUUUUAUUUCAGAUAGGAUGUCAUUAUGGCAUGCCACCCUAGCAUGGAAACAGAGCUUAGGCCUUGACUAUAUAUGGACUGUAGCUGUGGUCUGCUUUGAUCAAAUUGCAGACUUUUUUACACUCUAAUCAGUGUAAUAAGAUAAUACUUCUCUCUGUGGUUUAAGAAUUGGACUUCUACAAUGCACUGUAGUCUAAGUUGCCAAGAAACAGCCAAUUAGCCAGCACUAAUACUGAAAUGUGACCGUUAUUGAGAACGGACAGAGGGGUUAUUGGCUUUGCACUGUUUUACCUUUCAUAUUUGCUGCUUGUUAGUAAGGGAAUUAAAUUUAACACACUAAUUGUGAUGUUCUGGAAUAGCUCAUUUUUCUGACCUUAUCAUUUAUCUAAUACUUUGUUUGUGAUGUUCUGGUAUUAGGGUGGUGUUCACUUUAUAUAACUUUAAAUAUCUAGAAGUUGGGCAGAUAGUGCGAACUGGUCAUGUAGGUGCUCUCCAGAGCACAUCUCCAGGGAGUAAUUCAACCCAUCUUAAACUGUCCUUUAAGGCAGGUGAUACGGAUCAUUCUCUGGAGACCUGUUACUCAGUGUUAACCAGAUGCCUUGACAAUUAGUUUUGAUUCUCCGUCUCCCUUUUAGAUGGCUGAAGUUAAGAGAUGAGCACUGCCCUGAUUGUCAGGGGGUUGGUAGUACAGCAAGCAGGCAACUCAGUGACUUGUUAUGUGGGGAUAAAAGACACUGAGUCCUUCUUUUUGAGGCUGUAAUAUGUUAUGGUUAGCUAAGAUCAGUAGUUCAAAACCCUCUGACUUCUUUACCUCAGAAGUAUCACAGGCUUGAAAUCUGAAAGAGGAAAUGAAAGUCAUCAACUUUUUCUUCUGUGCACUAUAUCACCACAAAUAAAAGUGUUUCUGUAUUUUGCAAGUUGCUGAGAAAGCUUUAGCAGAUGAAUGGCCAAGAAUUUGGUGGGAAUACACAAACACAACUGUAUGUUCAAAAAUUAAGUGAAAGCUUUUUGCACUUUGUUUAUUUAGUACCUUGCAUUUCUUCUGAGUAUUACACAUUAUGGCUGCUAGUGGAAACAAAUAAUUCAUGACCCAAAGCAUCUCCUAGUGUCCUAAGCUUAGCCUCUAUCCUAUUGUCGUGGAGGAUGUGAAGUUCUUUAGUAGGGAUGAAAUCAGCAUCAUUGUAUUAAAAGUGUCUCAAGUUUGGUGUCUGAGGUCAUUUAUAAUGAAAUAUGUCACAUGCAAUGCUGCAAAGAGUUAAGCUGGUUUUAUUUUUUUUUUACUGCACUGUAAAUGAAUGUCUUCGUACUUCAGUUUUAUAAUGGAGUUAUGUUUUUUAUUUUGCUUAAUAUCUGUCUGUGUGUGGUAUGUGUAUGUAGAUCUCAUUAAAUUAUUGGUGGGUGGUAAUGGGAAUUUUUGGCCUGAGCUUGCUGUGGGAAUGUACCUCACAUAUCUGGGGAAGACACCAAACAUCUCAGCUCUAAUUUCUUUCUCUGAGAAGCAUAGAAUAGUGAAGUGACUCCUUGAAGACACUACAGCAUUCCUCUGUACUUCUGUAUGUCAAAGUACAGUAUAGUAUUUCUCUGUACUUUUCUAGAUGUAGAAGAGUAUUUCAGAUUUUUUUUGUUCAGUAGCUCGUUAAGGGAGCAAGUGAAAAUGUAACCCUUGCUUCCAAACCUGCAGAGUUCAGCACACAGAGCCAAAUUUUCAGGUGUUCUUAACUAAAACUGAGUAUCUGACUUUAUCGUUGGAUAUCCAUCAAUAAUCAGGGAAUUAUGGUUGUUGCCUAUCUACAGAUGUACCUAGGUCUGAAAUGUUACGCUUUGAAAAAAAAAAAGUGGCUUCAUAUGUAGAAGUACUUCAUCUCUAAAGAGAGAGGUCUCAAACUCUUAAAGCAGACUUUGGACACGGUAAGUGAUGGUGCUGUUGUGAUUUUGCCAUUUGAAAACAGUGGAAGCUCACAAACCUCGGCCAGUGAAAUGCUUGUGCUACAAUGAAGUCAACAGUAGGGGAGUUACACAGCCAGGAGUCCAGGAUGUAUACAUAGUGAGUACCAUUUAACUUCACAUACCAAUGAUGAAGACUACUGUAUAUGGAUAUUUUUAGAGUGUGCCAUAUUACUUCCUAUUUUUGUACCAAGUUCCUGAAGUGCAUGCAUAGGGAACGGAAUAUUUAAAUCACUGUUACGAGUGGGGGGGGAAUUUGUAUGGGUUAUAUUACUGUCAUAUGAUUUUGCCUUAGUUGUGCAGACUAACCAAAUACAGUUUAAACACUCCAUGAGCGUGAGGGCCGUUGCUUUUGCCAUGCCCCAUAUCACCACAGCAUGGAGUGCAGAUUAACUAACAGUAUUGCUGCUCUAUUUAUGUUUGGAUCUAGCUGUGCUGCCCUUGCUGGUAGAAAGAGGGUAUGGGAGGGAGUCACAGAGACAGAGAUACUUUGCUAAGACCAGUGUUUUGAAGGACAAGCUUAUUUUUCUAAAGUAUGCUAUAAUGCUAGCUAGGAGAGGCAAUCUUUCUCAGGCUAAUGACAGUCCUAGACAGUGUUGUUAUCAGUACACCCCGUGGCUGCGCUGAGAGGAUAGUAUUAGCUACGAAGGAUGUAUGUGUAUGAAUGAGUGAUCUCUUGCUGCAAGUUUACUGUAGUUUUAUUCUCCUCUAUGAAUGUUAGAGGUGUAUGUAUUCAGUGGAAGGGUAUAGGGCUACUGUUAAAAACUGUACUCACUUGAGUGCUCCUGAGUCGCACAAAGGAUUGCUCAGUAAGGAUUAUUCAUGUGUAUGAGAGUAUGCAAGAUCUGAUAAAUAGGUUUUCUUUUAUACUUGUAAAGCAACACAAAUUAAAAUGUUGAAACACUCCCUUAAGUUGUGUUGGUAUCAGUUCUUAGUCCGCUGCUUUCAGAAAUCUAAGGUAAAGGUUAUAUAGCACACUGUCAUUUGUUACCAUGCAGUACAAGAAAUGUUUUCAAGCAGACCUGACAGAAGAAUAAUCUGUGAUUGAUCUGGGAGUUCCUUACCUCCAACCAGUGGUGCUUCCAGUGCUGUUUAGCUGGUUGGGGUCUCAGCAGAAAAUUUUGUAGGAGGCAGGCAGUUUAAGAGACCAGUGUUACACAAAACAAGAGCAGUAUGGGUUAUUUAUUGUUGAGAUGAGAAUAUUUAGUUGGCUUACAUUGGGAAUCAGAAAGAAAUCAUUACCUUAUAAAGGAUCUUGUAACUUUUUCCUGCACGCUUGUUUCAUGCUCAUCUGGAUUUACCAUGUGCUUGUCUGUGACCUCGGGAAUAGCCAGCAAAAUCCACACUGAGGAAGGACUGCUGUGGAGGCACACAAAUGCAUAAAAAACUUUGUAACAUGUUUAAGUGUUUGUAAAUUUAUAUACAUAAUAUGUAUGUAUUUAAAAAUACAGAUGUAAAUAGCUACAUUGUAACAAGUUGUAAUGCAUGCACAUCACUUAAAUGAGGAACAGCGACAAAGGAUUUUAGAAGUCCUGGUGGCGAUGGACCCAGCUAUCGGCUAGUGAGAGCUGUGCUCCCUGAAACAUAGAAAGUAAUUAAUCCUUUCUUACAGACAUUAUUUUUAGUCUCAAGGGAUGAUUUUUAAAUGAGUAUCCAGCAUAUAUUUUUUAAUCAAACGUAGAUUAAAACUUCAAUGAAAAAUUUCAGAUUUAGGCACAAUGUUGAUAACUUCUGUUUUCUACAUGGUUUCUUGAAGAAAAGCUUGUGUGACCACACUCUUUCUCUGUCAGCCCUGUUCUCCCCAGUACAUAUCAAGCUUAUUGGACACAUUAAAACUAAAUUUUUCUGAGGGCAGAUAUCUGAGGAAAUAAACCAGGUUUGUACAAGCUUUGUGAAGACUAUCAUCUUCCAGGAGGAAAAGAUGGGAACUGAUAAAAUGAUCCUACUGGUAAGAAAGAUUUCAGCAUGACCUUCUUGCUUAACAAGCCAGGCAAACAGCAUGCUUUAGGUGUUAUAAACCUGUGUAUCACUCAGCAAUCCACGUACCUGCUACUUCUUGUCCUGAGCGUGACAGGGAACUAGAAGUUGUGGGGAUGAAGAGAUACAGAGGGAAAGAGGAGGACAUCAUAAAAUCAUGGGAGGUAAUAGGAGUCACUUCAGUUUAAAUGUGGCAGUACAGGCUCUACAGGACAUUAUACUUUCUGUACCAUUGCAUUGAUUGCAGGACAACUUAUUUCAAGUUAGUUCCUAACUAUUUAAUAAAAGACGGGUUUGUUAGACUUGAAAAAUGCAUGGCAAGUAAAAUGAACCCCUUUUUUCAAAUGAUUGAUUAUUUGCAAGCCAAUCUGGUGACAUUUGCAGGCUGGCUCAGACUUGGUGAAUACUUGGGGUUAGUAAACUGUAAUCUAAUUAAAAAAAAAUAAAAUAAAGAUCGGGGGAUUUUUUUUUAAUUCCCCAGUAGUUCUGUAUGUUUUCCCACAGCAGCUGAUAACAUCUAGUCUAAAACAAUAAACCAUUUUCUGUUACUUCCUGCCUAUUUGAAGGGCUUAUGUACCAAAGAAAACAUGAUUUUGAACUGAGAUAUUUGCAAGCCAAACAUCAUAGUGGGUAUUUUUAAUCCUGUAUUUUAAAAUGCAAUUGAGGUGACUGCCUCUAGUCACUCAGGAAUCAUGACAGAAACAUGAACAUAUAUAGUAAUUUGGCAGAGAUGGUAAGUUUGAUUCACCAGAGACAGAAGAGUUGAAAAGUAAGAGGUGUUAAGGCUUAUGUAAUUUCUUACUGACCAAGAAAAAUAAGUAUAAUAAAACUGUUAGGUCUCAGGUUCACCCCAAAACUAAAGUCAAAAUGAAAGGUAAGUGCUUCAAAAUGACAAUGUGAAAGUUUACUGAAUCUCUCCCUUGAAUGAACAACAACUUCAUAUCCUGGAAAAAAGGAACAGUUUUAUCCUUUUUUGCAUUUCUUACAGUCAUAAGGAAAAUCUCUUGCCACUGAAAUGAAGUUUUACAGAGAUGAUGAGUGUCUGUAUUCAGGUACGAAAAUUUCACCUUUCAGGUGUGAAAUUCAGAUGUGAAUGCUUGUGUGUAAAGGCUUCUAAUCACAGACUGGCAUUAAUGGUUAAAUGCAUCUAAGCAGGGGAUGGAUGCUAAUUAGUUGGAAGGUGCUUACUGAGACCCUUGUGGAACAAUGUCACAGCUGUAACUUUUUGGACCUGAAGGUGAGACCUGAUUUAACGAAAUAGAAACAGCCCGUCUUAAACACAUGUUCUGUACCUUCAUGUUCAUAACUGCUUAAGUUUGACAGAGCAAACAAAGUGGCAGGGAAUAAAUGUUACAUAUUUUAACUUCUGAAAUUUCUUUCAUCAGUUAGUCUUUUCAUCUGAUUAAUGUGCCCUGUCGGUGCAGAGCUUUAAUCAGCCACAGAUACUUUCAGGAAAAUGAUCCGGGAUGGAUUCAGAUGGAGAGCGAUGCCAGUGGUAGUCAAGGUGAAGAUUAAUUCAUAUCUAGCUUCUAGAGUGGGAACUAAAUAUCAAAACAGUAGCACAGCACCUUAGAGAUGAGACACCAGUGUUGCGUUUGUUGUCUUUAUGCAUGGAUUCGCAGUCUUGUAAGUCUGUGUUGUAGUAAGAUGUGUGCUAAACUCAGCAGCUAACAGAAAAGAGAAGUGCUUGCCAUUGCUUUAGUUUUGCAGCUGAUGGCCCUCAUAACACCAGUUAUAUUCUCUAGAAUAUAUGUCCUAUAUAUUCCUCCUUCCUCUCUGCUGCUUCAUGGUGGUCAUUUUAAAUAGAAAUGGAGAAACAAGUCUCAGUGAAACACUCAGCUGCAUUUUUCAGUAGGGCUACUCUUCAGAGCCAAAGUUGCACAGCUGUGAAAAGGGCUGAACUCAUGGAGUGCAUCAAUUCUUUAUUGCCACGUUGAGAAUUUUAAUAAUAGUGGGCAGUACAGUAAUUCAAAAGCAUGCAGGUGUCAUUUCAAAAAAAAUUAGAAUGGAAAGGAAAUUUUCAAAAAGGAGUAGCAUCAACUUUGGAACUACAAGGAAAGCAAGGGAGCCUUACAACUGCAGAGUAAUUAGGUAUUCCUUAAAUAUUUUUCUUCACUGUGUUUGUGGAUUCCUCCCCCCUCCCCCCGCCUUUCACAUUUUUUAAGCAACAAGGAGGAAAAAAGACCAAACAUGAGAAAAAGGAAUACUUUAUAAAAAAAAUAAAAUGUUACUGCAAACCUACAGAAACGUGUGAGGCUGUGAGAGACUGAAAGAGUGAAUGUCUCAAACAUUGUGGCGGGGUAAGUUCUGAUUAAGGACGAACUCUGCAUAACGAGGAACGCUGCAAAGCAAGGAACGCCAGGAGAGAAGCAGCUGAUGAGCAGGCGGGGAGGCCGUGCCGGACACAGCACAUCUCCCUGCUCUGAUAACGCUGCCCUGAUGCGCUGAGCAGGGCAGCUCACCCUGCGCGGCCAAAGAUCACGUCUGCUGGGAAGGGCAAGUUACUCCCCAAAAGACCCCCAAGCCCACCGACCCAUUUCCCAAAGGCUCACAAAUGGCUCAGGACACCUAAUUAGCCUCAUGGGUUCAAGUGCUAGCCCAAAGGAGGGGCACGGAUGAUAAAAGGGCGCGAUCUGAAGCCCCACGCGUGCACGCCCACUGGAACGGGACCCCCCGGCUGACUGGAGCAACGCUGGACCAGGGACCGGUGACAUCUUUCUCUUUUCCUUUCUCUCCGUCUUGUUCUCUCUUUUUCCCUUUUCCGUAAUCCCUACACCUCGUCCCUUUACACACAAACCGCUGACUAAGUCUGGGACUCGGAGCGGAUCCAGCCGCCCCCGGGCUCCUCUCUGAGGAGGAGUCUGGAAAGCAAGGGGGUCCGCUCUGAACCCCCUGACCCAACGGGAGGGAUCUCCCCAUUCCCUGAACCGAUGUAGGUGGUCACCGCGGGUUCCACGGGUCACUGAGGUAGCUCCAUGCCAGUUCCUGUUGUGAGAAACCCCGCUACCUGCUGUCAUACCUCCCAAGUUCAGUUUGUUUCUGCCACGAAUAAAAUGUUUAACUGAU